CUUGGUCUGUGUAUGCCGGAAGGAGAAGGGGUAGGAAACCGAAGUCAUCAGUUAUAAAGCCAAACGUGACGGCCUGGGUUGGGGUAAGGAUGUGAGGGGGAACGGAGAGGGAUCAAAAUGCAGGUGGCUGAAUGGUGGCUUAGUUGCUGAUUACCAUUGCCGUGUCAGGUAGAGAAGGAAGAAAUGAAACAGAUUCUUGCUUUCUUUAUAUGGGCUAUCGGGAGGAAUGGCGGAAGAGGAAGAAAGAAGGAAGAGGAGAUUUGCUAGGGCCAAGAUGAGUUCUGAGGAGGCUCUGCAGCUUAUUUCCUGCCCAAAGCACUGUAGUCGGGAAAGAGAACGCGCCUGUCUCCUCCUGGACCUGCUGCUGCCCAGGGCUGGACAAAGGACUCGCGGGAGAGGAGCGCGCUCCCUGCUUAGUGCGCAGGCGCCGGGAGGCGUCGCCUAGCAACCAGCGACAACUGUGGACUGGGCGGUUGGCGACCGCUGCAGCCGGUGGGGACCGCUGAGUGUGAGGAGCUCGGCCUCUGCGGGGCCUCCCGACAGGUGGUGAUAAAACAUCCGCUGUACUGCCCAGGAUCAGCUCUGUCCUUUGCAACACGGGAUCAUUAGGAUGGGUAAAAAGAUAAAGAAGGAAGUUGAACCUCCUCCUAAAGAUGUGUUUGACCCAUUAACAAUUGAAAGCAAAAAAGCAGCGACUGUGGUGUUAAUGCUUAAUUCUCCUGAAGAAGAAAUUUUGGCUAAAGCAUGUGAAGCCAUUUAUAAAUUUGCUUUAAAAGGUGAGGAAAAUAAAGCAACGCUCCUUCAACUUGGAGCUGUGGAGCCCUUAACCAAGCUGCUCACCCAUGAAGAUAAAACUGUAAGAAGAAAUGCCACUAUGAUAUUUGGAAUCCUAACUUCUAACAAUGAUGUUAAAAAAUUGCUAAGGGAGUUAGACGUCAUGAAUUCUGUUAUUGCCCAGCUCUCUCCAGAAGAGGAAGUAGUUAUCCACGAGUUUGCUAGUCUUUGCCUGGCGAACAUGUCCAUAGAGUACACCGGUAAACUGCAGAUAUUUCAACAUGGCGCCCUGGAGCCUCUCCUCAGACUUCUGAGUAGCCCGGAUCCGGAUGUGAAGAAGAAUUCUAUUGAAUGCAUUUACAACUUGGUACAGGAUUUUCAGUGUCGAACUACAUUUCAAGAACUAAAUGCAAUUCCUCCUGUAUUAGAUCUCUUGAAAUCAGAAUAUCCAAUUAUUCAGCUGUUGGCUCUCAAAACGUUGGGUGUUAUUACAAAUGAUAAGAAGUCCCAGGCAAUGCUAAGAGACAGUCAAGGGCUGGACCACCUUAUUAAAAUCCUAGAAACCAAGGAACUGAAUGACCUCCACGCAGAAGCUCUUUCGGUGGUGGCCAAUUGCCUUGAGGACAUGGAGAGUAUGCUGCUGAUUCAGCAGACAGGAGGGCUUAGGAAGUUCCUAGCCUUUGCGGAAAACUCUACAAUUCCUGAUAUUCAGAAGAACGCAGCGAGAGCAAUUGCUAAAGCAGCUUAUGAUCCUGAAAGUAGAAAGCUUUUCCACGAACAAGAGGUUGAAAAGUGCCUUGUCACCCUUUUGGGUUCUGAGAGUGACGGAACUAAAGUCGCUGCUUCCCAAGCUAUUUCGGCCAUGUGCGAGAACACGGGCAGCAAAGAGUUUUUCAGCACUCAGGGGAUUCCGCAGUUAGUGCACUUGCUCAAAAGUGACAGUGAAGAGGUCCGAGAAGCCGCCGCCCUGGCCCUGGCCAAUUUGACCACCAGCAAUCCUGCUAAUGCAAACGCCGCUGCGGAGGCCGACGCCAUCGAGCCCCUGAUUAGCACGCUGUCCAGUAAGCGCGACGGCGCCGUGGCCAACGCGGCCACCGUACUGACGAACAUGGCUAUGCAGGAGCCGCUGCGCGGGGCCAUGCAGAGCCACGACGUCCUGCAGGCCCUCAUCGGCCCGCUGGGCUCUGCCAAUGCCGUGGUGCAGAGCAAGGCCGCCCUCGCCGUUGCGGCCACCGCCUGUGAUGCAGAGGCUCGCGCAGAGUUAAGAAACCGAGGUGGGCUGGAGCCGCUGGUGGAGCUCCUGCACUCCAAGAACGACGAGGUCCGGAGGUACUCCAGCCAGGCCGUCAUGGUCUGCGCAGGCGAUGAGCCGACGGCCGCGGAGCUAUGCAGGCUCGGGGCUUUGGAUAUCCUUGAAGAAAUUAAUCUAUCAGUAAGUCGAAAAAAUAAAUUCAGUGAGGCAGCUUAUAACAAGUUGCUCAACAACAAUCUUUCCCUGAAAUACAGCCAGACUGGCUAUUUGUCAUCGAGUAACCUAAUUGGCGAUGGGUUCUAUGAUUAUGGCCGGAUAAAUCCUGGCACUAAACUUCUGCCACUGAAGGAGCUCUGCUUGCAAGGACCCAGUGAUCAACGCGCUGUUCUCUUAAUCAACAAUAAAUCUGUUGAUGUUUCUCUACCUAUGGAAGAUAAAUCAUCAGACCUUAGUUAUGGACGAAGUAUUUCUUCUUCAUCUUCACUAAGAGGAGCAAGUAGAGAAAAGACCAUUUCUCGUUUUAGUACUGGCUUUGGAUCUCCCACAGAGCUGAAGUCAGAUCCUACUUCGGGAAGAAAUACCGUUCUUAGCAAAAGUGCUACUAAAGAAAAAGGACUGAGGAAAGGCAGAGGGAAAAAAGAAGAGGAGAAAGUGAAAGAGGAGGAAGAGGUUCUGGCAAUACCAAAGCUGGCUGGAGAAGGCAGCCCUGAGAAAGAGUGGUACCCGCCCCCUGACCCUGACCUCUGCACGUACGUGUACGAAGUGACCAGGUCAAUCCUGCCCAUAACCAACCUCAAGGAGCAGAUUGAGCUUCUUGCCAAAUACGUGGCAGAAAAAAUGGGUGGUAGGAUUGCAAAAGACAAACUGCCGGAUUUCAGCUGGGAGCUUCACAUAAGUGAACUAAAAUUUCAACUGAAAUCCAAUGUUAUACCAAUCGGAUAUAUCAAAAAAGGAAUCUUCUACCAUCGAGCUUUGCUUUUCAAGGCUCUGGCUGAUAAAAUUGGCGUGGGCUGCUCUCUGGUUCGAGGGGAGUACGGCCGCACGUGGAAUGAAGUGAAGCUGCUGGACCAGUCUCGGAAGGGGGUGACCGGGGGCCUCCCCGCACCAGAAAUCUUCAUCGUUGACCUCAUGUUCCACCCCGGGGCCCUGAUGAAGUUAGGGAGCAGAGAGGCCAAUCUUUACCGAUUUCUCUAACCUGUCACAGGGGCAUCGGGCUUCAAACUCAAAGCUCUCUGUGUACAAUACACAAAGUCCACCGAUUGAUUUUCUGCCCUUAAAUACAAGUACUAGAAAUGUUCAGCUUGUGUUUGCUUCUGAUUUCAGGCGUGUGGCAUGGGUUGGGGGGUUCGUUGGGUCGCGUUGUGGUCACUGCCCCUCAUAGGAAGAUUGCUGUGGGUGAAACCGACCCAGGCCACUGCUCCAAAGGGGGGUAUCUGUCACCUAGGAGCUUUGUGUGCUGCUCCCUGGGGCUACACUGUGGCCUUGUCCUCAACCUGAGGCAUUGUGGGCAUGAAGGAGGACAGGGACAAGAGCACAAAAUUAUGAGUAAAUGCGUAUUUCAAGCAG